GGAGAAGAAGAGGAGGACGAAGUAGUGGAGGCGACGGCUGUCUUCUUCUUCUUCUUUUUCAUUUGUAGCCUACCAGCAGGCACGUUUCUUGGAAGCAAACACAGGCGGGUGUAACUGUCAUCGGCCGGUUUGUCCCGGUUGCGGUUCUUCCGAGAGAGAGAGAGAAUCUACAACUAUGGAGGAGAAAUUUGAUUAAUCCCUUCUUGGUGUGGUUUUUGUACAUUUUUUAAAUCCAGUUUAACUUAAAUAGACCCUUUCACUGCAGGUAACAUAGGAUAAGAUUUGGACUGGUUUCUGGUUCAUCGAGGGGGAAUAAAACAUGCCACUGAGUCAACAGCUGGAGCGGAAAACACACGACGGAUCUCGGUCAGUCUUCGCUUCAUAGAUAACACAUGGGCUUUAUUCACCAUCCACAUAUUCAUUCAUCCAUUCAUUCGACAGGAAACUGAAUAGAAAACAGGCAGUUAAUCCACGGUCGUGCUGUAAGAGAGACUGUGGAAAGAGGAGAACCUUCACCGGUCAAGAAGCGCUGCUGCAGAAGUUAAAAAGGAAGGGACUGGAAGCCAAAGGAGAGGCAACGGAGCUGAGAAGUAGACAAAAAGCUCUCCUUAACCCCCUGGACAAAUAGCACAGUAGGAGGGGAGCAGAGGCAGAAUGCGUUAUCGCCGUUAACUUCCACUCUGAGUGAGAGCGGGCAGUGGCAGCAGUUGGGGACAACCGGUGGCCGUUAAUCCUACGGUGCGUGCGCGCGCCUUUGUAUGUGGAUUGUGAUGGUGAAACCCGGUUUUUGAUGCGCGAGAAAGUGACGUGCCACUCUCCCACCUUCCCGCCCUUUGCCACGAGCCUCAAGUCAACUCAGCGAACAAGGCGGCCAAGUCCAGCUUAAUUUUUCUCUCCAUAGCCUCCACACACACUCGCCACCUUUACCCACAUUCUCUUUGUUAUUAUUAUUGUUACUGUUUAUUUGCGCGCUUGUCUCCCGAGUCCCUCACCCUGAUUCUCCAAGUCUCGCGGGAUAUAAAGGAAAUAAAAGGGUGAAUCUAAAACAGCUAAGGGGGAAAAAAGAUUAAGACAAACAGGAGCCGCCUAUAUGAAGAUGCUGAUGUGUGACCGCGGCGUCCAGAUGCUCGUGACGACGGUGGGCGCGUUCGCCGCCUUCAGCCUUAUGACCAUCGCCGUCGGUACCGACUACUGGCUGUACUCGCGCGGGGUCUGCCGCGUGAAGAGCAGCGGCGACAACGACACGAGCCGCAAGAACGAGGAGGUGAUGACGCACUCCGGCCUCUGGCGAACCUGCUGUCUGGAAGGAACCUUCAGAGGUGUGUGUAAGAAAAUUGAUCACUUCCCAGAAGAUGCUGACUAUGAGGCAGAUGCUGCUGAAUACCUCCUACGUGCUGUGCGUGCCUCCAGUCUCUUUCCCAUCAUGAGUGUGGGUCUGCUGUUCCUGGGUGGGCUCUGUGUGGCUGCCAGUGAGUUUUACCGAAGCCGACACAACGUCAUCCUCAGCGCAGGAAUCUUCUUCGUCUCGGCAGGCCUCAGUAACAUCAUUGGAAUUAUUGUCUAUAUCUCAGCCAACUCUGGUGACCCAGGCCAGAGUGACAGCAAGAAGUCCUACUCUUAUGGCUGGUCUUUUUACUUCGGCGCCCUCUCCUUUAUUAUGGCAGAAAUGGUGGGUGUGUUGGCUGUGCACAUGUUCAUUGAGAAGCAUCGCAAGCUCCGGGCCAAGUCCCGCACUGAGCUCAUCAAGAAGUCUGCCUUUAGCCGCAUCCCGUCUUAUCGCUACCGCUUCCGGCGCCGCUCCAGCGUGCGUUCUUCCGAGGCCCCCAGCCGCGAUGCCUCACCGCUGGGGAAAGGUGGCUACACAGGACCCGCCGCCUCCGAGAUGCCCAUGUACACGCUGAACCCACGAGAGCCUGGCAAUGCCAGCAGCAAAUCUGGCGGCGGCAUGGGCGGGCUGCUUAACUCGGAGAGGGAUUUCCUCCAGAGCAGCACGCUCACUAAAGACUACAGCAAGGACCCCAACCGCAGAACCACACCUGUCUGAGAGGUGCUGGCUUUAGAUAUCACCCCAAUCAGAGUAUCAAAGAGGAGGAGGAUGAGAAAUACAGGGGGAGUGCAAGCAAAAGCAGGGGACAACACAAGGUUAUGGGGUGGGAAGGGGGGUUUGAUAAACUUCGACUGUGAACUGUGAACUUUUAGCCUUUGAACUGUGAAUCCUGAGCCCUGUGAGAGUGCGUGUAGCAGGGUUGGUUUUAAUGGAGAAGUUGUUCCCAGCUCCACCACAUAUCACUGUAGUAAUACUUGUAACUCCUUAUAUAUCAAGGCACAUUCAAUUUAUGCUCAUGAGUUUAAUGUUCAUAAAUUGAUUUUCAGGCUUUUUUUUCUCACAAGAGAAAUGGGAUUGAGGGGAACUUUAAAAUAUAUUAAGCAGUUUCCUGUUUGGGGCAACUUCUCCUUAAAAAAAAAAAAAAGAAACAAACAAACCAAACCGAACAAAAACAAUAAUGUGAAUUUGAGGAGAAGAGGUGACAGACUUUGUGUGAACCUCUAGCCUCCUGACUUUUUGAAUAGCAGCAGAGUUGGAUUCGUUAGCCUUAGAGCUCCCAGCUCUAAGACGUUAGCGCCUCAUCAUGGGUUUUGAUUCCUUUUCAGUUCAGCUGGAUUCAAAUUUGAAACUGAAGAUCAGUUUGCCCAUUUAAACCAGUGCAUUUGUGGCAGAAGUUGUUAUUUUCUAUACAUUUUGUAUAUAAACUUUCAUAUUGAUUGACUUUAACAUCAGAAAGCUCACUUCAUAACUCUCUGAACUGAAAAUGGAUUGAGCUCUUUCCUGGUAACAUUUACCCUCAUCACUCUGAUCCCCGGUCAGUUGUUGAACCUGCGUGGCGGUUUCGAUGAGUGAACAAGAGACCGCAGAUUAGCUGUUGCCGGCUGGGUAGAGAAGUCCUGACUCAACAACCUAAAGAAUCACUUUCAGAUGGUAACAUAAGAUCCAUUGGUGCUUCCUUCUGAUUUUCUGCCACUUCUUGAUUUAUUUUUUUCGCUCAAAACCUAAAGAGGUGGUCUGUCUGUCACGCUGUCUGUCUGCAUUCAUGUGUCACCUUUCACCUUUUUCUGUGUAGCCACACAUCCUCUCACCCUGCCCGUCCUCCCAUUUAUUUAGCUCCUGUCUUCCAUCGAUGGUGUUUGGAGACUAGUUAGGUUUUCUGGAGGUUGUUGGUUCAGGGUACUGUGGAGCGGAGACCACUGAGCUGUGAAUAGGCUUUAAGGCAGUAACAUUUGUUUUCCCACUACCUCUUGGUGAACGUAUUUCUAAUUUAACAUUAAAAACAGAUUUACAGCCGUAGGAAUAAACACAGGCUGAGGUACGCAUAUCCGAUAGGAGGAAAAUGUUCGUAUGUAGCACUCAGUUUAAAGAGCGGGAGAUGGAUUUGAAGGAUAUUCAUUGUAUUAUUGAAAACAUUUGUAUCAGCCUCCUCAUUCCUCUUUACCUCCAUUACAUGCGUACAUACUGGCUGACAAACUAGUUACUUACUCCACUGCCACCUCUCCAGCCUUAAAAAAAGGACCAUUAUCACCCAGUGUCUAAUACUGCUGUGACCUGUGCAUCGAGGCACUGACUCUAGAGUGCACCUUGUGCAUUGCCAACAGCAUGACCGAACAGCAGUGUUGGACACCUUUGAGACUUGAGACAAGUUAAUAUAUUUUUAGCGUCUCUCCAGCGAGAUUAACGUGUGAUGCACGUUUAUUUAUUGCAGAAAGUUUCGGUGCGGAGUCUAACUCUGAGGUCUGCAGAAAAAGCAGCAUAAAAACCGACUUUGAUAAACCUCUUAUCGAUUACUAUAUACCUAAUAUUUACACAGCCAGUCCACACUUGGUCUCCGGACAAUCUGUGCAUUUGUAAGAAGUGGCAAAUACUUCUUAAGUAUUAAGUAAUACCAACACCCCCAAAAAGGCAUAUUCAAAAAGAAAACAAGCUGAAUUAUUCACAUUACUCAAUAACCUUCUAUCAGUGUAGACACAACACAAAGGGAAGGCUUUUGACACUGUGAGGAAAAAGGCAACAUAGCCAUAAAAUCUACAGAGAGGAGACAGGGAGGGUUGUGAAAACAGAGCAUGAGUCACACCGUUUUCCUCAACGUGUUUCUGGGACUCUGAGUAACAAGUAAGUGUGAAACUCAAAGAGGGAAAAAAAAAAUGCUUUUUUUUUUUUUUUUU